AUGAGGAUAAAGACUCGGAGAGAGUCGAAGAAAAAGAAGAAGAAGAGAAGAUCUAUGAUGGAGAUGGACAAGGGUCUGUAUCAACCACCCCCCGAUUUGCCUGAAGAGUACAAGAAAAUGAUGAAUGGGGCGAAGGCCGAGUUGGUGAUACAGAAGCAGUUGUUUACGAGUGAUAUGAAACCUGACCAAAACCGGUUGUCGUUGCCGUGGCAGCAGAUUUUGUGCAAGGAGUUUCUGAGACCUAAUGAGAUAGAAAGCCUUGAGUUGCCGAAGACGUUCCUCAAGGUUCCAUUAAUCGACCCGAAGUUGGGAAAGGAAGUGAUUUCUGUAAGUAUGUGGCAGAUGUCGAGCUCGGAGGAGAAAACCGUUGUGUUGUAUUCGAAUUGGAAUUAUAUUGUUACGAAGAAUGGUCUGGUUAGAGGUGAUCUGAUUCAAAUCUGGUCGUUUCGGAAUGACGAGGAUCGACUUCAGUUGGCACUUGUGGUGCUGAAGAGAGCCGGGAAGUGCGAAAAUGGGGUUGUGGCGGAGAGAGCCGAGAAGCGUGAAAAUGGCGUGGAAGGGAGAACCACUGCAGGAAGUGGUAGUGUGAGCGAUGUCAGUGAGGACAGUGCCGGUGCAAGCCACAAAGGGAGAACAUGCAUGUCUGAAAAUCAGAUUUAUAUGUAG